GAAGAGAGGCUUUAGCAAACAAAGGACGCAAGAAACGAAGACGAGACAUCAAAGCAAGACCAGCUCUUGGGGAGUGAUUGAGCGAGCGUGAGCGUUGUGCUGGGAGGAAAGAGAGAAAGCAAAGGCGUGUCUAGGCCUUCGGGAAACCCAUCUCAAGGGAAGCAAGCAAACCCGGGGAGCCUCCGUUCGCUAAGAGGCUUUUCGCAUUCUUUUCUCUUUUCCUCCUCUUCAGCUUGCUCUUUGCUGGCCCGCCUACCGCUUUCGCCCUCGUUCGCAUCUCAGCUGCCCUGCCUGGGGCGCAAGCCAUGGACACGGCAAAUUCGGUGCUGACGGUAUGUUUCUGAGGCCUGGAUGCCAACAGCCUGGGGAUAUCGUAGCCGAAAAAAAGAAACGAGGCCGGCUGUGUUAACAGCAAAUAAAAGGCGAGCAAACAGCAUCAACACCAACAGGAACAGCAGCGGCAACAACACCGGCAAACACACCCGCGAGCAAUGGCUGGCCCAACCCCGGAUCUGGAUCUCGACGUCGACUCUGCCGUCGGCCGCUUGCUGGACCAACAGGCUGAUAUCCAGGCCAGGCUGGCCGCCCUGCUGGGCUCUCGCCAUGUCUCUCACCACGGUCUCAGCCUGCCGGGAGAAGUCGACAUGCUGCGCCACAAACUGCGCGUUCUCGAGAGCGUCGUUGACCAUCACGGCCUGGCGUCGCGCGUGGCCCCCUUCAUGUCCGACAUGGAAGAGGCUCGCGCCAUUCAACACCGCUGCGAGUGCCUCGAGGCUGCCUGUGUCCGAGAUAACGUGGAUGUUGUCGAGCCCCUGAGAGGCUCUUCGCGAUCGGCGCCGCCAGGGUUCGGCUCUUGGCUGGACCAGCAUCUGGAGCUCCACGACCCUGUCCUCCGGGCUCAGCGGGAGCGCGGCAGCGAAUUUGUCUCCAGCGCUUAUCCGCCUCACUCUCUAAAGUGUUGGAACGACCGGUGCAUCCACUACGUCUACGGUUUUCCCACCGAGCUUGAUCGGAGCUGUCACAUCCGAAUGCAUGCCACUCACUCCAAGAGAGACUCCGAGCUCUCUGCCUUUAGUUCGUCGUUGUCGUCGUCGUCGUCGUCGUUGUCGUCCGUCCUUCCGUCUAGACCCAAUGCCUCCGAAUCGUUGGGCCCGUCGCCUCUCAUGCACCUUCCACGCCCCGCCCUCUCCUCCAGGCUUCCUCCUCUCAGAAUUCCGACGCCGUCGACAGAGCGGCGAGACUCGCUCAUAGCUUACGCAUACUCCAGUCGCUCAGCAGCCCCGAGGAGCGCCAUCGACGCCGAUGUCGAGCCUCUCCUGCCGCCAUUGAAGAGGAGCAGGGUCGAUAGCCUGCCUCGUCUAGAGUCCAUUGGAGAGCUUCGCCUCUUCCACGACCAGCGGCCAUGCCUACGCUGUAGAGUGACCAAGAAGGAGUGCGAUAGAAACCAGCCAUGUACCGCUUGCGCAAACCUGCCAUUGAUAAGCGCUGAGGACCAUUGGGCUGUCAUUGGGUGUUUCCGUAGCACUCUCAACGCCUUUACCGAUUACUUGCUGCCAGGCUCCUCUUUCUCACAACCACAGCUCCAAACGCCUACGUCUUCCACGACAUCCCCUAUACGGCGGCAAAAUGUGAACGACUACCUGCAAAGAAUGUGCUCCUUCCCGGCACACAUUGGUGAACAUGUCAGGAAUUGUUUAGACUAUCGAGACGCCUUCUGGUGGUCGGGACAGCAAUCUCAGAGGAGGCUCAAUGGAUACAAUGAGGCGGCACAUAUUACCCGAGAGACGUUCGAUCGCGCCCCCCCAAUUCUUUGCGCUAUGGCCGCCAGCUGGAACUGCCAGGAGACAUCAUACAGCGCGCUUGAUCUCCUGAGGUACACCGGAUACAUAUCUCCUUCUCGAGAGGCCGAGGAAUCACAGUACCCAGUCUUAUACCAUGCCAAGGUGCUGCUGCGCGAAACUGCCUUUUACUGCCUUUUUUAUCCCAAGCCUGUCAUUCAACUGGAUCCCAACCUAGGAUAUCAACCCCCGUCAGACCGCCUGGAUUUUACGGGGGAACACAGCCGCCUUGUUGAACAGGCCAUGGUGACCUUUUUGACGGCCUUCGAAGCAAUCGCUCUAAGGAGUACUCCUCUCCAAUCGAAAGAAUGGCUGGCCGUUUUCUAUUCUCUGUGUAUCUUCAGUAUAAUCCGGACGCUCCUUAUGGACCUUGCUUCGAUAUCGUUGCUACCAUAUCAUACGUUUCAACACCAAGGCUCGCUCAGAGACAGCCCUCAGACCACGAUAGACAGCGUGUACAAGGCACUUGUCCACUUCUUCAUCACAGGAGGACCGAUGUUGACGGAUGGCUCUCCCAAUGACGUGCCACAAGACGACGUGCCCGCAUUUGAGCUUACACGUCGCAUCAUGCGCAUGGACACGUGGCAGGCCCGAAAUAUUCGCUCCAGUACAGAUUUCCUCAUGACUUUGGGAAGCGGGAUCAACGACAUGUUUGGAUUCCACGGCUUUAUUCGGCCCGGACGACCCGUCGUUUCCCCCAGUCAUGACUCUCAGCUGUCAACACCACAAGCCCUCUCAGCACGUGAACCACGCUGGUCAUCCGUUGGUAGUUCUGCAUACCCGCCUUCGUCUUCAUACAGAGAGGUACUUGCCCCGCGUCCGGAUGCGAUGGAUGAUGCCAAUAUUGACCGCGGAGGGGUCUCGACUUCCCUGAACCAAUCUGUUCCGGAACAUGUUGGGCGGGCCCGGAGACAUACAGUUGCCGAGGCUGCUCCUACAAACAUCUUUGCACACCAGCUGACCCCUAUGAGAUUUAAAACCACGUAUCAAAGACCCCCUUUACGGCGCGUGUUCUGUCGCAAAUGUAAUGAAUACCCUGAAGGAUUCCGCGGCGAACACGAGCUGAGACGCCAUACAGAUGCGAAACAUGCGGCACUAGUAAAGCGAUGGGUUUGCUGCGAGCCUGAGGGGCAUAGUCCGGCGUCACCACAGCCUACCAUUCCGCUCUCGAGCUGCAAAGCCUGCGUUAUGCAAAAACACUAUGGUGCGUACUAUAACGCUGCGGCUCAUCUCCGCCGGGCUCACUUCAAUCCCCAUCGCGGGGGGAAAGCUAGCGGGGAUUGGCCGCCCAUGUCGCUGCUAAAAGAUUGGAUGCGCGAAGUGAGGCAAUCUGUGGCCGAGGUAAGCGGCGAUGUCGACAAUGAGAUGUCGAGUGAUGGCGAAGAAGAGGAAGAUGUAAAGCAACCCAGCGCUAGAACGGUUCCGCUGGCAGCUAUCCCACCAACUCCCGUGAUGGAGCUGCCAUCCAUUCCGAUCAAUAGUGGGCAUGUAUCGGCAUCGUCCGUCAGCUCGAUGACGGUAUCGCCGAAUAUCAUGGAGGAGCAGGGAUCCUGGGAAAUGAUCUCGCGGAGCCCAGCUGGGCGAUUAGCUCCUCCGCCACCUCCACCUCCACCUCCACCGCCGCCGCUGUCACUUCCGCCACCACCAGCAUCCCAGCCACCACUCCCGCAUCACCUAACGAGGCCCAUACCGACCCCACCGGCGCCUGAGAACCGUAGUCGAUGUCCGUUUCCGGAUUGCGGGCGUGUUUUCAAAGAUUUGGCAGCCCAUAUGCUCACGCACCAGGAAGAGAGGCCAGAGAAGUGUCCUAUCGAGUCGUGUGAGUAUCACACCAAGGGCUUUGCUCGUAAAUAUGAUAAAAACAGGCAUGCUCUCACGCAUUACCGAGGAACAAUGGUCUGCCCAUUCUGCCCCGGGGUUGGCACGCCUUUUGCAAAGGCGUUUAAUCGAGCCGACGUAUUCAAGCGCCACCUUGCCGCAGCCCACCAGGUCGAACAGGCGCCGCUGCAUAGCCAUACAACCAACAGAGGUGGCCGACUCAUAACGCUGUCUGCAAAUUCAGGGGCUAGCGCUAUUUGCUCCAUUUGCAACAAUCGCUUUGCCGCGCCGCAGGACUUUUAUGAGCACUUGGAUGAUUGUGUGCUGAGCGUCAUCGUUCCGGCGGGGACCCGAGCAGCAUUGGAGACGAGUAACGAUGCUAACGAUGACGAUAAAAAGACGACAGGAGGAGCUGGCGCUGGGAAAACCGGAACAGCUGAAAUAGCCGCAACAGCAGCGGCAGCAGGGACAGGAACAGGGACUGGACCAGGAACGGUAACAGGCACAGGGACAGGCACAGGGACAGGGACCAACGACAGCACUCAGGGAAUGAUAUAUAUACGGAGGGCGAAAAAGCAGGCGCGGAUGGAUUAGCUCUUUUCACCCCCUUCUUCUUUUUAUUUCUUUCUUCUAUUCUUGCCGUGUCCUAUCUAUUGUUAUAUUCCUUUGAUUCUUUGGUGUGAUAUACUUUCUCAUCAUUAUUAUUUGAAUUUUCUUUCUUUUUUCCUCCGUCUUUACUGUUUAGGAUAUAUGAGCGAGAUCACUUUGCAAUUUCUUUUUCUGGUUAAAGGUUUUGUGUCACUAGCAGCAACAGCAACGACAGCACCAGGCAAAUCUUCUACAUGCCCUUCCAAAAAAAAAAAACCCCCUCACAAAGAGUGCAGAGUUUUGUCAUGUCAUGGGUAUAUUGCGAGUUAUAUGUACAAUAAACGAUAUCAU